AUGAUCAACGUCGUAGGAACACUUUUUCUGAUCUUACUUUUCACUUCCGGGAAUGUAGAACGUUCGGUUUGCCGACACACUACGAGCACUGAAAGUGGUGCGCGCAAACGGUCGAGUAAUCGGCGUUCGUACAAGACGCAAAAGCUUGCGCGAAGCUUUGGUAUCCUGGGUCGCCUUCCACAACCUAUAAGUUGGCUGGCUGAUCGCGUGCUGGGAUGGUUCCCAUUUUACCAAUCAAUCAAGACUUUGGCAGUGCUGGCCUGUGCAUACUGGAGACUGGAGCUCGUUGCUGUCCCUCUCCUGAAGCGGCACGAGAGGCAAAUCGACCUGACCUUGUCACUUCUGUACGUGACGUUCGGUGUCCUCUACCACCUCGCCGUUGAGCUGCCUCGCGCACUCAUCCGGAGGUUUCUGCGAUCUUGGUCCCUGUGGUUGUUGCCCUGUGAUGACGGGGGGUCAAGCGAUGUCGGUGACACCCAGUGUUCGAGUCGAGAGAAGCGCCAGCAGGAGGCUCCACCAGCGACAUCUAAAACGCCAUCGAAGAGGGCUCGCCGACGCGUGUCGCCGUCGUCAAACGCCAGCCAACUUCCGGAAUGGCCACCGACGAAACGUUCCGUCUUCUCGGGUGACUCGUCCACCACUCGCAAACCUUCUCUUGGGCUACCAAGGUCUCGGUCAUCGAAUCCCACCGCAUCCGUCGCCCUGCCACCAAUAACUCAGCCCACAAAAGAGCCUGCCACUGAGCGCCGGCCUGUUUCGGGGACAUCUCGGGUGAUCUCUGGGGGCGAGAGGCAUCGCGGCAGAGAAGAUAGGGUCACGGCCAGAAGAGGACCCACUCAAGGAAAUGCGAUCGCAUCUACGGCCGCCAAGCUCAAGUCGUUACCGCGACCCCCGAGCGGUGAUCUGAACCACUCGAGUGGCUCGACUUCUAGUGGCUCGACCUCCAGUCCGACUGACCUUCGCCCUAGCAAACAAGCAGCAUCCAAGGCUAAGGCGCACCAGGAUCACGCCGAUGUACUCCCUCAGAAACGCUCGCGGAACAUGAACGAAGAUGAGAGGUCCCCAUCACCAGAGCGCCACACAACCCGUCAAAGGCGCUUGGCAUCCCGCGAAACCGGUAAUGGUGUAAAACGUCUGACGGUCAAGGAAAGGGCCGCACUAGCCACAGCGUCCACGGUGAAAGCGAAGUCUGCUUCGUCUACCGCUGCAGGGAAACGACGUCGCACUGCCGACCCAGAAGGUGAGGCGGCCCUGCCGAAACGUGUUAGGAGCACGCGCUCCACCACAGCGAAGCGAACCACCGCGUAG